AUGGGUCGUACUCAGCAAACCGCGUGUAUAUCCGAUGGUGGUCGAACACGCCGUCAAGUUGCUGCCUUCGAAGCUUAUGACAGUUCGUUUUAUGCUCAUUAUUUUCCAGCUCAACGAACAAGUACAGAAAUAUUAUUGCCAUCGUUUGGUGUAGCAAAAACGGUCAAUCCUUUGGAAGACAAUGUAGAAUAUUGGCUCAGUAUGAAUCUGAACAGUUGUUUUGAUGGUCCAGGCAUUCGGUUAAAUGAUGUUGGACUUGAUUUAGUCUUAACACUUGAUGUGUCGGGUUCAAUGGGAGAUCGAUUUGAAGGCGAACCAGGCAAGACCAAAUUGCAAAUCGCUCAACAGUCUCUUUUAACUCUUUUGAAACAACUGUCACCAAACGAUUCGCUUGGCAUUGUCCUGUUCAAUGGUACUCCGAGAGUUUUGCAUCCUAUGGAAAAAUUCUCUUCAAUCGAUCAGGAAAAAUUGAAGGAAGAGAUUUUAUCACUUCGUGCUGGUGGAGGGACUGAAAUUAGUAAAGCUGUUCAAUGUGCAACGAAACUCUACGAUCAAGAAAAUGGUAGAGAGAGGAGAAGUCGUCGAAUCUUCUUUCUGACAGAUAUGGAAGUGUCUCAUAAUGAUGGAAUAGAAUUCUUAAAACAUAUUCAAGAGAAUGCCGAAAAGAAACAAAUCUGGUCAACUGUUGUUGGUGUUGGUCUCGAUUUAGGAACAGAAGUGAUUCAAACAGUGUCACGAACGAUCGGUUGUAAUUAUUCCAAUGUUCGAAAUGCUCGAACAUUUGAUCAAUUGAUGAAGACACAAUUUCCUUACACAGUGACACCUGUCGGAUUUCACAUUCAAUUGAAUCUAGUUGGAGAUCGUUAUCGACUCGGUCAAGGUUAUGGAUCACCCGAAGUCUAUCAAUAUGAACAACCGAUCCAACAACGACAAUCCAUUGAACUCGUCACUGAAUUUGCCUUAGCAAUGAAUGAACAGAAUGAAGUUCGAGGAGGAUAUCUUCUCUUUCAGAUCAUUGAUCAAAACAAAAAUUCCAAUACUCACGAACCUCUGAAAAUGAAGACAUCAUGGAAAACUCUUCAAGGUUCAACAGAGAGUAAUGAACAAGAGAUUCAAUUCUCCGAACAGAUCAAUUCUUAUACUCAUGCCGGCAUACGAAAAGCUCUUCUACUUGUUCGGUAUACCAAAUUUGUCAAACGUUAUUUGAUAGUUCGUCGAGCAUCAGCCACGCCGGAUAUUAUGGAAGAAUAUCAAACAAUGCGUCGACAAUUUCCACGUCUAGUGAAGUAUUUUCAAGAAGAAAUGAUUCUUCUCAAUGAUCGAUCUCUCUACGAGGAAGAAUAUCGACAUCUGAUCGACAUUGCCCAAAAAGAUGAUCUUCCUCUAGAUCAAAAUCUUCUUCCAAAUCAAACUCUCGCUCUAUUCAAUGACUCCGCAAUCGAAUCCGCUCAUUCCACAACAGAUCAUCCCAAUCGAUGUUGCAUCUGUUUAACAAACGAUAGUUCAAUGAUACUCUCUCCGUGCGCUCAUCAAUGUCUCUGCAAAGAUUGUGCUCAACAACCAUUGAGCAAAUGUCCCUUAUGUCGAGAAGAAAUCACAUCAAUCACCGAACAAUUUCAACAUCUCUGA